AUGGUGGCAUCAGAACCUGUAGAAGGAGAAUGUACCAAAACUAAAGUUGAGGCGAGAUAUGUUUCACUGAUAACCCGAAUGAAACUGAAGGAUCCAAAUAAGUUGGGGAAACUAGAUGUGGAUAAUGAAAUAUUGUGUAUAAUGAAGUUAAAACCAAAGUUGGAUAGAGAGAUUGAAAGAAAUGCUGAGGACUUGAUUUUGGAUGAGUACAGAAAGAAUAUGCAAGAAAAUAGCAGAGAUACACUGAAAGAAAAUCUGUACAAAGCACUACAGCAAAGAGAUGAAGCAUUGGAAGAGCUUUCUGACUUGCAGGUUAAACAUGAAAAUCUUGUUCGAUUCAUUGAAGAAAAAAACAAAAAACUUUAUGCAGCUAAUCUAAGGAAUAUAGAAAAUGAUAAGGAUCUUGUUGAUUUGUUUGUUUACUCCUUGCAAGAAAUCUUUUCAUUUAACAAAGAAUUAAAAAGUGAGGAUGAACGUGAUGAUGAUGAGCAAGAGGAGGAGGAAGGUGAGAAAGGUGGGAGAAGUGGUAAAGGUGGUGAUGUGGAUGACAGUGAUGAUGAUGAUGAUGAUGAGGAAGGUGAGAAAGAGGAGGAGGAUGGUGGUGGGAAAGGUGGUGAUGAGGAUAAGGAGGAGGAGGAUGGUGGUGGCAAAGGUGGUGAUAAGGAGAAGGAUGAGGAGGAGGGUGGUGGCGAAGGUGGUGAUCUACAUGAUGAUGACAAUGACAAAGAGGGAAGCAAAGGUGGCGAUGAGGAGGAUAAAACUGAAUCAGAAAAGAAUGAAGUUCCAUCUGAAACUCCUAAAAAGCCAAGCACUACUCUGCCAAAGACAAAUGAAAUCCAUGAAGAUCAGAUGGAACUUGAUAACCAGGAUGUGAGGAAUACCACUCAAACUGCUGAAAUUAAUGAAGCUACGAUAAUCGCAGUUCAAGCAAUAUCUCAGCUGGACCCUAAAGGAAUGUUGCCGGUUGAAGAAUAUGUCAUCUUACUCACACAAGGAGAAGAUAUUGAGAAGGAGACUUAUAAAUCAAUUGAGGACCUUCUAGAUAACUUGUCUGAAUCUGUGUUCGUAAAACUUGAAAAAGGUUGUUACAGAACGACACCAUCUGAAGUGAAGGAAAAGACGACAACCGUGAUCCGACAUGAUUGUCCAAGCUUUUCAUUGUUGAGCCAAGAAGAUCCUAAAGAACAAUCAUCGCAAAAAUCAUUAUCCAAUGAAGAUGUACGAGAAAUGAUCGUUGCUGAAGCAGUGCAGUUCAACCAACAAAAUCAUGCUUAA